CUCUAUAAGCUAUUAAGCAGCAACCACUUCCCCUCGCUUGCUUUCCUCCCUCUUCUCUAAAACCCUAAAUUGGGUGAUCGACUUAACAAAUUAGGAGCUCAUAAUCUGUUCUUCCUCUGCUUCGAUAUCUUUCGUGGAAAGAUGGGGUUGACUGGAUUGAGACCAAGUAAGUCUAAAGAUAAAAAAGAUAAAGUUGCAAAAAAGGAACAAAAAUUUGAGAAGAAAGUUGAUUUUUAUUCAAAGGUUAAAGAUAAGGUUGCCUCUUUAAGUGCAAAUAAGACCAUUGCCAAGAAGAAAAAACUACGGCCCCGACAAAAGAAAUUGAAAGCAUAUGAUCUCACCUUGCUCACCGAAUUCCUACCCGAGGUGAAGAAUCCCAAUCAACAAGCUGCCUCGACCAGCUUGAAGCUUGAUUGCAAAUCGAGGCAGAAACUUGUGGAGAAGGAGACUAAGCAGUUCAAGACAGUCCUGAACAAUGCUGUAUUCCAAAUGGAUCCAUUGGCUGCCAUUCAAAAGCACCUGGAGAACACUCAGCCUCUCCCAGUGGAGAAGCCUAAACAGAAGUUGAAGAAAAAUGGAUCGAAGAAGAGAAAGUCAAAGACUUCAUCUACGGCCCAGUCUAUGGAUAUCUGAUGAUCACUAUACAUACAUAUCCUGGAGCUGUACUGAGAAGUCCAAAGUCUUUGCUGCCAUCAAGAUUUAUGUCUGCUGGGAAUAAAUGAACAGUGGAAGGGUUUAGUAUAUCUAAAUGAUUCAACAAUCAAGAAAGCAUCAGAACAUAAACAUGGAACUUUCUUUAGUUUUUGCUUGCCUUGGUAGAAAUAUUGUUGGAUAACCAAUCAAGACCUUCGUAGAGUCCUUCGCCAGAUGUAGCACAAGCACUUUGGAUGUACCUGUUCAGCAAUGUUCAUCAUCAAAUUGUUGGUGUCUAAGCAGCAUUACCAAUACCUAAAUCGUGUGGGUACAUAUUGGGUUCAAAUUAGAUGAGCUAUUCUGGUGAACAUAUUGGAUUCAAAUUAGAAAUUUUGCUGUGCACUUCAAGUUUCUUGUCUAGUCAGUUGUUUUUCUCGUUCACUGCAUUUGUAGUUUUGUUUGGACUUACCAACGGCGUAGACGAAGUGAGUGCAGGCCAAGUUUAUCUGUGAUCUCUGCAACACUCAUUGCAUUGGGAAGGUCUUGUUUAUUGGCGAAAACCAGCAGUGUGGCAUCACGUAGUUCUUCCUGAAACAAGGAAUGCAACCACAGCUAUAAUCCAUUUUUUGCGAAUAUGUGUACCUUGGCAGGAGCUUACAAGAAAACAAAGCUAACCUCACUCAACAUUCGAUGGAUCUCGUCUCUGGCUUCUACUAUUCGUUCUCUGUCAUUGCUGUCGAUCACAAAUAUGAGCCCUUGAGUGUUCUGAAAGUAGUGUCUCCAUAAAGGUCGAAUCUGUUCAGCAGAGAUUGGAAAGAACAUAUUAGUUUUCAUAUUUAUCAACAAAUGUUUGGCUAAUUUAUGAUCA